AGUCUCAGUUACGCUAGCAUGGCGCUCAGGCAACUUCCACCUCUGUCUCACCUCUCUUUCCUUUACAUGUUCGGCUAUGAUCUGAGAAAAUAUUAAACUUCCUUUGGACACGACUUAAUCUUUGACUUCUGGGAUACAUUUUGAAAGUCAUCGGGAGUGUUUGUUUUAUUAUCUAAGGACGUGGCAAAACGACCCAAGGCAGCGCUGCUAACUUGUAACGUUAGCUAGAAUAGAGAGAUACGGGGCGGUAGGAGAGGAGGAGCCCUGUUUUGGGAAAGGGUAGAUGCAGAGGCCAUGGCCAUAACUGGGGCAUGGGAGUGACGUGAUGGCCCUGUGGCUACCUCCAAACAGAACCUGCUACCAGCGUCCUGCCCUCUUGCUCAGCUAGAGGCAGAAUUUGGAGGAUGGACGAGUCAGUGUUGUUGGAUCUCCUCGAGUGCCCCGUCUGCCUGGAGCGCCUAGAUGCCACGGCAAAGGUCCUGCCCUGUCAGCACACCUUCUGUCGCCGCUGUUUGCAAGGCAUUGUGGGAUCACGAGGUGAGCUGCGGUGCCCUGAGUGCAGGACUUUAGUGGAGUGUGCCGUGGAUGAGCUCCCCAGUAACAUCCUCCUGGUCAGACUUCUGGAUGGCAUUAAGCAGAGGCCGCGGAGAGCCGGGCCGGGGGCAGGAGCCUGUACAAAUGGGACGUCCGGGGCGGUUGCCAGGGCGCACAGCAGUGGCAGCCGAGAGCAGGGCACCCCAGGUGCACAGCCACAGCGAACCCAGGCCAAGAGCUCCGUUGUCAGGGGUGUACCUCAGCUCCCUUGCGCCAAAGCUCUUUACAACUAUGAUGGCAAGGAACCAGGCGACCUCAAGUUCAGCAAGGGUGACAUCAUCAUUCUGCGACGCCAGGUGGACGAGAAUUGGUUUCACGGCGAAAUGGGAGGAAUCCACGGAUUCUUCCCCACUAACUUUGUCCAGGUCAUCAAGCCACUGCCACAACCACCACCACAAUGUAAAGCUCUGUACGAUUUUGAGCUCAAAGACAAAGAGGCGGAUAAAGAUUGUUUGCCAUUUUCUAAGGACGAUAUCCUGACGGUGAUCCGCAGAGUGGAUGAAAACUGGGCAGAGGGAAUGCUGGGAGAUAAAAUUGGAAUUUUCCCCAUCUCAUACGUUGAGUUCAACUCAGCAGCGCGGCAGCUGAUCGAGCUGGACAAACCGGACUCCAGCGGGGACUCUGGAGAAGGAGCCUCAUCCGGGCCCCAGACCAACGGGGCCCCACGGGACAAGAAGAACAGCAAGAAGCGACAUUCCUUCACCUCUCUGACCAUGUCCCACAAGCCCAUGCUAGCUCCGCCCCCCCAAAGGCACUCAAUGGAGAUCAGCGGGCCGGUCCUCAUCAGCUCCAGUAACCCCACAGCAGCAGCCCGAAUCGGGGAGAUCACGGGAGGGCUGUCCUGCAGUGCGCCAUCGCAGGUUCACAUUUGCACAACUGGCCUCAUCGUGACCCCUCCCCCAAGCAGUCCUGUCACCACGGCAACAGUCUUUACGUUUCCAUCAGAGACAAGUUACACGUCCAUCCCAGUGGAUGCUCUACCACCUCCACCCCCACCACCCCCACAGUCAUCUGCCGGAGCUGCCUACUCAUUGGCUACUGGACAGAGGCCCUCCCCCAGCACCAGUGAUCAGAGCGGGAGACAAAGACCCACAGUAUACGUGGCCAUGUUCCCAUACACGCCUCGUAAAGAGGAUGAGCUAGAACUGAGGAAGGGGGAGAUGUUCCUGGUUUUGGAGCGUUGUCAGGAUGGCUGGUUCAAAGGAACUUCCAUGCACACAGGGAAGAUCGGAGUCUUUCCCGGAAACUACAUGAGCCCUGUCAGCAGGACUGCGUCAGGCAGCACACAGCCCAAAGUGCCCCUGGCUCUGUGCACUCAGGCUGGAAGAGGGGUCACCAUCGUCAGCCCCUCUUCUGCUCCACUGGGGACUAUAGUCACUGGGCCAGACUUCACCAAACCCCUGGUCGUGUGCACUAGCUCCGCCCCCUCGGUGCCCCAGCCUGCACUCAUUGUCACCUCGUCUCAAACGGCCACGGGACAGCAGCCUAAACUCCCUAUGCACGUCACCUCGCAGAUGACUGUGAACCAGGCUCGCAAUGCUGUCCGCACAGCUGCUGCUCACAAUCAGGACCGGCCCACCGCAGCCGUGACCCCGAUUCAGUCCGGGGCGUCCGUAGCGUACCUCCCUCACCUCUCCAUGUGCGCCCCAUCCUCCUCUGCCCCCUCCCCUCUGGGCUGCUCUCGGGCCGGUGUGGCUAUGGGCUGUGCUGCUGUCUCUCUCACCCCUCCCAAUGUCAGCGCUGCUUCACUGGAUGGGGAUGCCCUGAGACCCAUCUCGGUCAUGACUGCACCCACCACUGCUCCCAACUCUGCCCCCAACAAUGCUGCCCAGGCCUGCAGACUGGACAAGGACGGCAAGAGGGAAAAGAAGAGUCUACUGAAGCUGCUGUCUAAUAAGAAGAAGUCCCGGCCCUCCCCUCCCUCAUCACCCACCCUGGAGGGAGAGCAGGCGGUAGUGGGAGACCUGCUGCAAGGAGCGGUGGGUCCAGACACUGCCCCUGUCCCGAGCGGAGCUGUGGAGCCUGAAUCUGCUGCCCCCACUUCUUCCUCAGUCCCAGAAGUGUCCCACAGAAAACCCACCCCUCUGGAGGUGUGUGCCCCCAUUGCCCCACCACCCAGACAGCCCUGCUCCUCUCUGUCAUCUCAGCAGCACGACGCACGGCCCAUCAUCUGUGAGAGGUACCGCGUGGUGGUGUCGUACCCGCCUCAAAGUGAGGCCGAGCUGGAACUGAAGGAGGGCGACAUCGUGUUCGUGCACCGGAAGAGAGAGGACGGCUGGUUUAAAGGCACUCUGCAGAGGAACGGGAGGACUGGCCUGUUCCCUGGCAGCUUUGUGGACAUCAUCUAAUACUCUAGAUAAUAGGACGAAUACAGGCAUGGGACAGUGGGAUAAACCUAAGGAGAAAUGGCAUUUUAAUACGGUAUUAGAUUGACCCAUAGAAAUAUUUGAUUUGGGUUUAAAAAGUAAGGUAGUCCAAUAUUUUUCCCAAAUGCAAAGGCACAAAAUAAAGUUCUCUCUUGAAACAAAAACACUAUUAGAGACAAUUUAAAAAAAAAAAAGAAAAACAUGAUUGGUUUACCAUGACAGAAUCUUAAUACCUUAGUUAUCUUGACAUUAUUUCAACUAUCACUCUGUCCCAUGCCCAAUCCGGCUAACCCAAAGUCGGACUUUUGCUUGUGAAGAGCCCUCUAGUGGCAUACUAUGAAAUCGCUGCAGAGAAGAACACUUUCUUAUGAAUCAAAGCACAGAUGGAGGAGCGCACACACUACUCUUGAACCUUUUUUGUUUAUUUAUAUCUUUGUAACAGCUGUUUAAAUGUGUGCCUUUUACUGUCCCUCACUUUAUUGUACAUAAUUAGUCCUACAUUUUCCAUUAUUGAUAUAGACAUAGUAAUACAUCUUAUUAACUUAUUUGAUAGAUCAGACUUUUUAGUACAUGGGGAUAAGCUGGCAAUGCCUUAUAAGCGCUAUUUUAAUGCAUUUCUGUUGCUAUUAGCAGCGGGAUACAUCACACAAGAACAGUGGACGUAGUCACUUUUUGUGCCAGUUUUAAAAGGCAUUACUCGCCCAAAGGAUCAACCCUGUCUGUCACAUUAGCUACAAUUUACAGCCACGUGAACAUUGCUCAUCAAAACUAUAUUACAAAGCAUUUCUUCAUUUCUAGUUGCCUUUCCCAAGUGAUAGGGCAGAUGACUGGGGGGUAAGAACUGUUAUUUCAGAAAUAGGAUAUGAAGUUUUUUAAAAUGCAAAAAACUUUCUGUCACAAACACUCCAAAACUGUGCAGUCGGACAUUGCUUAUUUUGUACAUGGUUUUGUAUUUACUGACCAGAAUAGCUGCUCCUUUUUCUAAAUUUACAAGAUGAUAAUAUUUCCAAUUAUAAAAGAAUGAUUAAUAUGACCACUUGUCUAAUAUGCAACAUUUUAAUCAGGACCAGUCUUAAUUAAUUUAAUUUCAGCUAUUUUGAGCACACAUGCCAGCCUCCACUCCCCUCUGCACCAUCACCAUUGUCCCCCCUUUGGAUCAAAUUGGACAAAUUGGGAGACAACUUUAACUAGAGGUUCAAUUAGUGCUGGGCAAUAUGACAAAAACAUGAAUGCUUUUUUAAUAAUAUUUGAUUUUGUCUUAUUAAAACAAAUACAAUGGCCUUCAAUAUUAAUUUCCGGAACAUUAACAAUUUCGACAUUUUAUUGUCAUUUAACAGAAAAAAGUAGUCAAAUGUGUUCGUGAACUCCACUCCAAAAUACAUACUUUUACUUACAGAGGAUUGGCUACGUAAACCCAAGUUCAUCAUUGACGAUUAGAAAUGAGUGCAUUUUAUUUAAAAUUUGAUUAAUUGCACAGCUCUAGGUUCAAUGCUGAGAUGGAGACAUCACCGUUUGGCCCUAUCAAACUUGUUCAGAUCCUUAGACUUCCUUUUCACAACUUUGACAUAACAUAUUUUUUUCUAUUUGUAGUUUUGUACCAGAUUGCACAGGGCUUUAUAUUAGAUGAGUGGUCGUAAUCUUUUGCCUUGUUGGUAUAUUAUUAUCAUACCAUGGUUUUACACACCAACAAAUCAUGCUGCUUGUAGACACACACACUCUUCUCUCAUUCCUAUUGUGACUUAAGGCAAUAAAAGCUAUUUAAAGCACAUUAUAUUUGCCUAUAGGAACAUAUCACUAUCACUCCAUUGGAAGAGCUGUGUUGAACUCUAAAAAAAAAAGCGUGGACCCCUUUGCCUUUGGGUUGUACAUUUUAUUCUAUACAAAGUUUUUAAAUGUGUUGUUUAUGACUUGAAUUUGUGUAUGUUUUCUUUAUGAUUUGAGGGGUUAUGUAGUCGUGGUGCUUAAAGUUAAAUAAAUAAAUAGUUAGAUAAGAUUAUAUAUUGAGAAAAGUAUAGAAGAUAAAGUUUCUAGAAUCACAUUAUGCACAAAUGCUUAUUUCGGUUGGCUAAAAUCGAGGCACAUAUCAAAAAUAGAAUAUUGUGGAAAAUGUCAUUAUUUCAGUAGCUGAAUCUUUCUAAGACCUGUUAUAAAGUAGAAUAUUGUGGAAAAUGUCAUUAUUUCAGUAGCUGAAUCUUUCUAAGACCUGUUAUUGGACUCAUAUAUUUGAAAUUAAAACAAAAAUGAGCGUGGAUGGCCUGGGUUUGACUGCCGGCUUGGGUUUCUCUGUGUAGAGUUUGUAUGUUUUCCCUGUACCUGCGUAGGUUUCCUCAGGCUGCUCUGGUUUCCCCUAACACUAAAGUCAUGUACAGCAGGGCCUCCUCUGUGGCCAGGACUCCCCUGAAAGAGAUUACAAAUUUCACUGGGAUCAUCCAGGUCAAAAAGGUUAAUAAAAUAUUCCUGUAAAAGUAAUCUAAAGAUAAAUUCAAAGACCCUAAAUUUUCUUCAUUUUGUGUACAUCUUUAAAACAUCUAGAAACGGUUUGCAGUUCACUUUAAGUUUAACUACUGAAGUAAUGUCAUUUAUCUACAAUAUUCCACUUUAUUAAAUUAUAUAGAGAGCAUUUUCCCUCAAUCAAAGCAAUCCUUAUUUGUGCCAAUAUAAACAUUUCACAUUGGGAGACUGGAUCAUAAAGCCAGCAUAACUUUGUUGAGUAAGGGGACCACUGUGUAACUGACUGACUGCUGGACGAUUUUGUGCAUGGCAUUUGGAGUGUGGAUGGUAAAAAUCACUGCUUUUCCUUUUAAAUUUAUUGUUAGAAAUAUUUUGUCGUCUUUCUUGGCAAUCACCACACAACCUCAGGCUCAAACUGUGUCUUUUAAUUUCACUAUGAAGCCUUCGAUUCACAAAAUGCACUACCAUUUCUACUAAGACUGAACUUUUUGCAUUUGCUGCACAUUCUACCCGUUCAAUAGUUUUAAACCAUUUUCCUCAUGCCAAGGAGACUUACUUGAUUUUGUUAUGUUGUCGAUGUUUAGUUGUCUAAAAUGGUGAAAUUAUUUGACUUAUUUGGCACAAGUCAUGUGAAAACAUUUUGAAGUAUUUGAGGGAAUAGCACAUUUUGUAAAAUUCUCUAUAACAAUAAAAUCUAAAUGUUUCCAGAAAA